AUAUUUAUUGGGCGACCAGUUUAAGUCGAAGUACAGUCGUCCGGACCCCGUACGACACUGACAGCCUGGCCGAUGUAUGUGACACCUGUCCUCCUGUGUGAGGGGAGUGGUCUUUUCGGAGAGCGCUCGGAGAGGGUGAAGCUGUUUUAUACACACGGACGUGCUCCAGCUCUCAAGACUGCAAAGAGUGCGCGGUCGGCGGACUGAGGAGAUACAGACUCGAGGCUAAUUUCAACUCCGUCAAAAUGGAAUACAUUCAGUAAACCAUCUCUUAAAGGAGUUGCUGGGACACAUUCGUGCCAUGGCGGUGGACGCUGCCUCUAGUUUUAGUUUUUGUCGCCCGGCUGUGGAGUACAAGGCCCUUCCUGAGGACUUCAAGUACCACAUCUCUCGCUGCACGGGAGGGAAUCUGACCUGGCAUGAGGGUCGUGGCCAGAAGACGGCGGGGGGCCGGGCCGUCAAACUCCUGCAGCAGCCAGGCACUGAAGGACUGCAGCUUCGCACAGGGGAUAACUACUCUGUAUAUCACACCAGUCCCACCAUCCCCAGCCUGUCUCGGCCAGUGGUGCUGUGGACCCAACAGGACGUGUGUCGGUGGUUAAAGAAACACUGUCCCCACAACUACCUGACCUAUGUAGAGGCCUUCUCCCAUCACGCCAUAACAGGCCGUGCUCUCUUGAGGCUGAAUGGGGAGAAGCUGGAGAGGAUGGGCUUGGUGCAGGAGACACUCAGACAGGAGCUGCUCCAGCAGGUGCUGCAACUUCAGGUGCAGGAGGAGGGACGCAACCUGCAGCUGCUCAGCAGAGGUUCAUUCGGAAACCUGUCAUAAUCCAUUCAUCCGUGGGACCACUUGCCCAGGCAUGGCAGAGAGUGCGCGCGCGAGAGAG